AAGACCCCCCACCACUCCCAUUAAAACCUUUUUGCUUUCCAAAACACCCCCCGCCACUCAAGUAUUUAUUACUCUCCCACCAAGUCCACUUUUUAACUCUACCACUAUCUCUCUCUUUAGCGCCAUCAACUCCGCCCAUAAUGGCCAAAGCUCCACCGCAAGCGCCGCUCUCAUUUCUCUACAUCCUCAUAGUCCUUGCAGUCCUUGCCUCUGUCUCAGAAUCAAGACUCAACUAUAACUACUACGCCAAGUCAUGUCCCAGAUUCAGCCAAAUCAUGCAAGACACCAUCACCAACAAGCAAAUCACUAACCCCACCACCGCCGCCGCCACCCUCCGCCUCUUCUUCCACGACUGCUUCUUCAACGGCUGCGACGGCUCCAUCCUCAUUUCCUCCACCUCCUUCAACAAAGCCGAACGUGACGCUGACAUCAACCUCUCCCUACCCGGCGACGCCUUUGAUGUCAUUGUCCGAGCCAAAACCGCCCUUGAACUUGCUUGUCCCAACACAGUAUCUUGCUCCGACAUCCUCGCCGUCGCAACCCGUGAUCUUGUGACGAUGGUGGGCGGCCCGUACUACAAUGUUCUGUUGGGUCGCAAAGAUGGGAGAAUCUCGAAUGCUCAGUAUGUUGAAGGUAAUCUUCCAAGACCAACAAUGCCAAUGUCUCAAGUAAUUGAUCUCUUUGCUAAGAGAAAUUUUACAGUUCAAGAAAUGGUAGCUUUGAGUGGAGCACAUACUAUUGGCUUCUCUCAUUGCACUGAAUUUACUAGUAAUAUUUAUAAUUACAGUAGUGCUCUUCAGUACGACUCUCAUUACAAUCCCAGAUUCGCACAGGCUUUACAGAAAGCCUGUGCAGACUACAAAAAGGAUCCGAGUUUAUCUGUGUUCAAUGAUAUUAUGACUCCGAACAAGUUUGAUAAUUUGUAUUAUCAGAAUCUGCCCAAGGGAUUGGGGCUGUUGGAGACGGAUCAUGGAUUGGUCAAUGAUGCGAGGACGAGGCCUUAUGUCGAAGUGUAUGCAAGGGAUCAAAAUCGGUUUUUUAAGGAUUUUGGUAGAGCAAUGGAAAAGCUUAGUGUUUAUGGGAUCAAGACUGGGAGGAGAGGAGAGAUUAGGCACAGAUGUGAUGCUAUUAACUGAGAAAGUUCCGAUCUUGUGAGGUUGGUUGGUUGUUUUCGUUCUUGUGAUUGUGAUAAUUAAAGUCUAGUGAGGAAUAGAAGAUCAUUUUUGUUUUGAAUUCUUUGUUCUUUCUGGCGGUUCAUCAGGCUCUAAUUUUAUGUAUACAAGCUCAAUGUCUGUAUUAAGUUAUCAUAUGAAGUAUAACUAUACACGUUUAUUAAUUGAUCUUCUGUUUUCUGGGUUUUCUGGCUUCUGUUCUUCCUGUAAUGGCUCAACUGGGUUCCGUUUCAAAUUUUUUAUUGGAGUAAGUGUUUAUGAAUUAAAGUAAUCCUGAAAUGAAUGAAAAGAUAUGCUUUUCUUGUUUUGAUAA